CGGCGCAGGGCUCUGUUUACCAUUGUAGACAAAAGAACAACAAAUUUAUAUUGAAACAACCUUCUAUAUUUUUAAAUCAUGUUUUAAGCCAUGGUGCUGUGUAUUAUAAUUUUAAUAUUUUUAUAAUGCAAAACUAUUGUAUUGAAAAUCAAAAUUAAUGAAUUCAAAGUGAAAAUUAAUAUUUUACAUAUUGUAAAGAACGGAAUCUAUUAAAUUGGUCGUAUUUAUAUUGUCGUUUCGUAAAAUAAGUGAGUCAUAAAUGCAUUUGUGUUUCAGAUGUAAAACUAUUUACCUUCCUGAAAGUUAAACAAUUUUGGAGUUUCUAACAAUAAAACACUCUGCGUAAAAAUAGGUGAUAUGGAGGACUAUAAAUUCCUUUUUAAAAUUGUGCUUGUUGGUAAUGCUGGGGUUGGUAAAACAUGUCUAGUUAGACGUUUUACGCAAGGUCUGUUCCCUCCAGGCCAAGGAGCAACAAUUGGGGUUGAUUUUAUGAUAAAGACAGUUGAAGUCGAUGGUGAUAAAAUAAAGUUACAAAUUUGGGAUACUGCUGGACAAGAGCGAUUUCGAUCUAUUACUCAAAGUUAUUAUAGAUCCGCACACGCUUUGAUUCUUGUUUAUGACAUUAGUUGUCAACCUACAUUUGAUUGCCUUCCGGAUUGGUUACGAGAAAUACAGGAGUAUGCCAACUCUAAAGUAUUAAAGAUUUUAGUGGGAAAUAAAACUGAUAGAGAUGACCGCGAAAUUCCUACCCAAAUUGGUGAAGAAUUUGCAAAACAACACGACAUGUACUUUUUAGAGACAUCAGCAAAAGAAGCUGAAAAUGUAGAAAGAUUAUUUUAUGAAAUCGCCGCUGAGUUAAUUGAUCAGGCUCGAAGUAAAGACGGUUCAUCUAUAACUAAUAAAAAUUCUGGUGAUUCUAUAGGGCUGUCUUCUCUUGGUGCAAAGGCGUCUCAGAGCAGCUGCUGUAGUAGUUUUACCAAUAACUCUAACGUCAAUAAUGUACCAAAUAAUAUGACUUAAGAUAUGUAUUAAAUAUAGGACAUUUUAAUGUGAAAACGGGGAUAUCGCAAUACGGCAUACUAACUAAAUUAUAAUAAUUUUUUUAUUUAUCUAUUGUUGUUAAUACUCUCAGGUAUUUUUUGUGCGGUAAAUAUUUAUCAAAUAAAAUCGCAUAAUUAAAAUCUGCUUGAAAAUAUUACACCAGCCAACAAAAAAUGCUUCACUUAAAAGCAAAAUGUAUAAUUAAAAAAAAAAAAACACAUAAGAGUUAGUAUGUAUAUCAAAAUAUAUGUUUUUUAAUUCAAUUUCGGUGCGUUCCAUUAAUUGGAUGUAAAAGUUACUCGUUAAUCGCUUAAUGUGAAAUUUUAAGAAUUAAGUUAAACAUUAUUUUUUUCAUUAGUUGUGCAAAACUAAUUUGCAUUAAAAAUGUGAUUCCACAAAUACUUCAAUAUGGCAGUAUGUACUCAUUAUAGUUUGUAUACAAAACAUUUUCAUUCAGAAUAAGAAAACUUCAUAAAUAGCAUAA